GACGUGCGUGAUACUUUGAGGUCGGUGUGUAUCACGUAACCGCGACCGUUUGAUCCUGUUUCAGCUAGAGAAUGAGAUUUUUGCUGCAUUUAAAUUUAUAGACUUGUGCACCGUAUGUUUCUUUCAGGAGCUCUUUUUAACCGAUGAUAGAAAAAAAAACGAAAGGAACUAUGGGAAAAGCCAAGACUAAGCGAUCCAGCGCCUCAGCCACUGAGACCACCCCAGGAGGGAAAAGGAGCAAAAAGUCAGCUCAGAGAAGUGUCACCGUGGAGCGGCCUGAGCCCACAGUCUUGAAUGAUGACUCCACAUUUGGCCGAUUGGUAAAGGAAGCUGGGUAUGUGUUGAUAGCAGGUGACCACCCAAAUCAGCUGAACGUCGACCAGGCUAUGUUUCAGCUCAAGCUCACCAAGGCUUUGAAGCGAUCCAGUGAUCCAGAGCAGAUUGUAGAGGAAUUCACAGCCGGAAUUCAGAAUCACAUUGAAGAUGCUGUCAGGUUCAAGUACAGCUUACUGCCCACGGCCACGUCAACUGAAUGUGAGAGCGCCAGAGGUGGAAGCCAGGACAGUCUGAUGCGCCUUCUCAUGGGAAUUGAUGAACUGCAGUCAGCUGUGAUCACUGUCCUCUUGGAGAAAUUACCUGAGUUUAUGGAAGAUCAAGAAAGCAUGUUUGACCAUAGCCAUGCCGCCAAUCUGCCUAAACUUAUCUUGAACCAGUUCCAAUGGCUUGACAGGGUGCUCAAUAGCAAGGAGAUGACUGACAAGAUGCUGGAGAUGGUCGAUGUGUCCUCUCUGUCCAUUCAGAAAGAAAUCAUCUCCUGCAUUCCCGAGGUUGUUAGCGAUGCUGAGCACAGUGCCGUGGCUACAAAGCUGCAAGAGUUGUUAUUCAGCAACAGUGACCUCACCAUUCCAGUCCUGGAUGCACUCAGCAACCUGAAUCUGACCCCUGACCUAAUGACAGAGGUGCGUAACGCUGCCCUUCAGACCCUGCUCUCAGCCGAUCUGGAAGACUUGCCAGUGAUCGUCAAGUUCAUUCUCCAAUCAGUAACCAGUUCCGACGCAGUUGACGUCAUCAGCCAACUGAGGAGCAAUUUAGACUUCCCGACAGAUCCGCCCCCUGCCGCAACAUCCACGCCCUCACGCCGCAGUUUAUUGGGCAAGAGGGGGUCAGGCAGUAAGCACCAUGAUAACGCACUACUGAUUCUGGAGGCCAUCAAAACCAACAUGCGCUUCCACAAAGUGGUGACCGACGGUUGGGUUAAGGCAAUCGAGAACGUAAAUGCUGCCAGUGAACACAAGGUUGUUGACAUCUUCAUCCUCCUGAUCGCCCAUGCAGUCGCCGCAAAUCGAAAGAAAACUGUAGAGAGCGUGUUCCGCAGAAAGGUUCGCUCCGGUCACUUCAGGGAGGAGCUGCUCAUUACCGCAUUCAGCUCUCACGCACAAGUCAUCCGGGAGUACUUUCCAUCCAUUCUCUCUCUGGCUGAGGUCUUACUGAGAUCACCAGAGCCAGCUGUCAGUCUCUUUGCCUGCUGCAUCUACAGGCAGGCCUUCCUGGCGUUUGACAUGUACUGCAAACAGGAAGUAAUUCGUUCAUUGGUAGCGCACAUCGGCAGCGGCUUUGAAGGAGAGAUUGAGGCAGGGCUUGACGUCUUACUCAGUCUUGUAAAACACCAUGCUAGUGAUGUAGCACGCUUUGGCAUCUCCAUAAAGGGAGUACUGGACUACUUGAGCAACUUGUCUCUGCCCCAGAUUCGCAAACUGUUCUCUGUGCUCAGUGUACUUGCAUUUAGAAACAGUCACGAAAGCGCCAACAUACAGGACGAGCUUCAUAUCGUCAUCAGGAAACAGCUGUCCAGCAAUAGCCCCAAGUACAAGUGCAUCGGCGUGAUCGGUUCGCUCAGGAUCGUCAGCAACAUGGCAUUUCGUCAAGAGAGGGAGAUCUCCAAGGAGACAUACAGCAGUGUGGAGUCGCUACUGACGCUAGUCAGAAACAGCAGCAACAGCAUGCCAGAGGCUUCGGCGCUGUUCUUUGACGAGUUGGCCAAUAUCAUGGAACAGCAACAGAUGGACCCUAAAGUAGAACAACUGAUUGGCGAGACCGUUAUGAAUGACUUUCAGGAUGAUUUCAUUGUGGACAUUGAAGCCGAUCGUGUCUCAGGGGACUACAGCUUGCCGAUGAAGGAGCUGUAUGGUCUAGAGGCUGAGGAGUCACAGGGAGGUGUUGCCAUCAAUCUUCUUCCUCUCAUCAGCAAGGCGGAGAGGGCUCAACUUAACCUCGGCUCGGUGUCUGUUGAUGAAUCGGAAGCCAAUGGAUCCCGGACUGUCUCCCCUCUCUGCAUGGCACCCCACUUCCGCCUGCUGCGGAUCUGCGAGCAGGUGCAGAAUGAGGGCAGCCUGGAGGGGAUAGAUGCCCUGCUGGGCUGCCCGCUCUACACCGUCAGCGAGGAGGUCAUCCCCAAGGUCAGCUCUCUCUCCAGGCCGGAGCGAGAGAUGCUCUGCACCUGUCUGUUCCUCACCAUCAACUGGUUCAGAGAGGUUGUGAAUGCCUUCAGUGGGUUGACAGAUCCAGAGAUGCGAGGCAAAGUACUGUCCAGACUUAAGAACAUCACAGAGGUCCAGAAACAUCUGCAGACAUGCUUGGCAGAAACCCCAAGCUUCAACCCGCCCCUUGCCAACUUUGACAGUGGUGCAGCUCAUAGUACCGAUGGUGCCUCCACAUCAGCAUCAGGCUCAGCGAACGCGACAGGUGUUGGGAGCAAGAGAGGACGAAAGGCCAAAGAAAAGAAGAAAAAGACUUCAGACAAGUCUGAUGCCUUGAAUGACACCAUGGCACACUGCAGCACCCAGAACACGACCCUCGACACAUCCCAGAACAGAUCCACACAGAGCGAGGCCGGCGGAUCAGAGUCUAUGGACAACGGUGCUGUUGACUUGGCUCGCUAUAGGAUUUACUUCCGGGAGCUAGACAUCGAUGUCUUCAACAUACUUGGCUGUGGUCUGGUGUCAAGGAGUGUCUUGGAUUCAGAGAUGCAUACAAAGGAGGUUGUGGUGCUAAAACUUCAACCUCCAGAGCUCCAUUUCCUCUUGGAAGACCUGAGCCUGAAGUUGGACCACGCCCUGCUGGCGUCUGCCUCUAAGAGGAGAACUUUCCUCAAGACCAAGUCGGACAGGAAUGCUGGAUUCUCCCACCUGAACCACUUCAACCCUCGGGAAAUUGCCGAGAAGGCCAUCAAGCUGCUCCCUCAUCUCUGUGAGCACCUGGAAUCAACCAGCGCCUACUUUCAGGCCCUAAUUGCGGAAAACGAUGGCGUCAUCGAUGGCCCUGGUACCCACACGCCCGAAUACAAAGAAAUGGCUUCGUGUCUUCUCCUCCUUCUGAAAUCAUUGCUGUCGCUGUUUUCAUGGAGUGGCUUCGCCUCCAGCGAGAACAAGGCCUUGUUCUUGGACGGCUUAAAAGUCCUGACAGCUCGCAUCAGGAGCAGCAGCCGGACACAGCUCUCAGCUAAACAACUCCACAAGCAUGCCUUCACCUACUUGGAGAAGUUCUUGGACACCCUGCCAGAUUUGCCUUCUGCAGUUUGCCUCCUUCGACUCCUCAUUUCCCUUAGUGAGCUGCCGGAGGCAACAGACAAACAUGAAAGCAUAGCCAAUAUGGCCGUAGGGCUCCUGAAGAGAGAGUGGCUGGAUCAAGACGGCCAGGCGGAAAAAGGUGCCAAGCACAAUGAACUCCUGCAGUCACUCCUCAGCAUCUACCUGUGCCACACGCCUGAUGUGCUGAAGAGCAUUCAGGACAUCUGCACAGUGGGAAUGCCGGAGCUAAUGAAUAGCAACGACAGGACAGGCUACUCCACAACCUUUCCCACCCUGAGCAGAUUGUCAUUUGGGAGUUACUACCGCAUCAUGUUAGGACACCUCACUACCUAUCUGCGGGAUCUGUAUGUCAGGGGGGCAUCCGACCCCGGUCGCUUCACUGAAGAGCGGCUUAUCCGGUGGAACAUGGCCAUCCGUGUCUUCCACAUCCUAAUCAGUCUAAUCAAGGAGUUUGAUGCCAGGGCCAAUCUGACCUCUGCUCUGAAGUAUGGCGGCAUCUUCAUUGAGCUCUUCCUGAGGCAUGCCAUGCUGCUGCUGGACAAGCUCUUCCCAUCCCACAGGGAGGAUGUGAUGGGGCUGUUGAAAACCCUGCAACAAUGCACCAGGUCCAUGCACCACAUUGGCAGCCACUCCAAGGUCAUAAAGGACGUGUCGCUGAACAAACACGUGCCAGCCGUUAAGCGGAACCUGGAGUCGUUUGUGUACAGAGUCAAGGCUAUGCUGACACUGCACAAGUGCCAGGAGGCAUUCUGGGUGGGCAACCUCAAGAACAGAGAUCUGCAGGGAGAAGAGAUCCUGUCCCAACAAACUAACGAUUCCGUGAGCGAGCAGGGAGAUGGUAAUAACGAUAGCGAUGAUCAUGACGACGAUGACAACAGCACUCAACUUCCCUCAGAGGACAGCAACAGCGACAACGAGUCUGUGACCACUCUUGGUCAGGAGGACAGAUCUGAUGGCGAAGGCGAGUCGUACAGUGAGAGUUUCUAAUGUGAGCAUUCCGAGCGAGAGCAAACCACUCGCCGAAGGACUCUUGACAGAAAGUACACACAAGUUGGUAAGAAUAGACACAGCAUCAAAACUGUCAAUUGGGUCGAAGAAUACUCUGCCAAUUUAAUGACGUCAUCUCAUCUCGAGAUUUUCCCGAAACGUAUUGAUUCCAGCUUGCAUUUUUUGUCAAGUAUGUGGCGACUCCUGUUGAUUUUGUACUCAAAGCGUACCUCCAUUCACUGAUACUGGUUGGGCAAACAGUUUACAGUAAUAGGCAUUCCUGAGCAAAUGUCAUUAACAGUUGAUUGAGAAGAGGGAGACUUCCAACACCGAGAUGCCCAACUUGUUCGUAUUGUAUGUGGGCUCUAUUUCAGUGAAGGUCAAAUGCUCGUGUACACUGCUUGUUGUCUGGGCCCAACAAAUUUGUCUGUCGAUUGUUAGGUUGCAAGAAGUUAAUUUGAUGCACAUACUCGUGGUCUGAAGAUACUAAGGCACUUCACUUUUUAAAAGUCACUGAUGCAUUGUACAUAUACAAUAUAUAUUUUACAUUUAAAUGCAUUAACCCUUUCACACUGGGAUUCUUUUGGCCGUGGCUGCUGGGCUGUGGUAUGCCCAGUAGGCAAAGCUUUGUCCAGCAGCAGGCCCACAUUGAACCAGCAGCUGCAUGGUGAAUAGAAUAUGUGUGUCGUAUUCACUAAUCCUCACACAAAGCCACGGCUGUGGAUGGCUCCCGGUAUGAAGGGGUUUUAAUAGACCAGUUGUGCCCACAUGACCUACAGCGGGUAUUAGACAUCAACAAGCAUGGUGUCCUACCAUAGCAAAGUGUGUUUUGGGUGUUAUCUACUAAAAAGAAAGCUGAUUAUGGGUAGUAGUCUGAGUACUUUGCCAACCAUCGGCUUUAUUUUUGGGUAAAUGACAGUUAGGACAUACUAAUCUAUGGCAGGAUGUCAUGUUUGGUGACGUUUGCUACCCACUACAGGGGUGUAUGAGAAAAACCUCCCACAAAAUAAUGUGCACCCAGUUUCACAUUUCGUGGUUCACAUUUCGUGCUUCAAUGAGCACACAAAGUUUAAAUUUUGGAAAUCAAAAGUUUGUUGGGCACGGGUAUUUGAGGCUUUAAAAUUCAUCGAGAAAUGUACCGGUAUGCUAUGUUUGUCCCUUUCUGCUUGGUGACGAUACACCCAGAUAUGAGAUUUUGGUGUCGAUUGUAGAGGGUUAAUGGGUUAAUUUUUUCAAAUUUGGUGUGCAAGGAAAACUCGUUUUUAAUCUGUUUAUUCAAUCCAGCAGGUGUCUUUUUAACCCUCAUACACCCAUGCACAACAAAAUUUGAUUUGCCAAAAUUCAAACUUCCUGCUCAUUGAAAUGUGAACCAUGAAACUGGUAUCAAUCAAAGGCAGAGCUACACCCUUCACCAAUGGGCACAUCCAGAUUUUUGAAACUGGGUCCUGUGUUAUUUCCACAGUAUGGUAACUUUUUCGGAGAGUCUUCUUUUUUCCGAUACACCCUGUAUGGGUCAAGUGACUUACCGAUCCCGGGAACGAUCAGUCUUUUCAUGGUCAUUAUUCUGUCUUGAGCAUUUUUCUAUGAGUUGAUAAGUGGCGUUACCAGUGCCUUAGUACAUCUGAAAUAAUUCUAACCUGACAAGUAGACGGACUACAAACGACGUUAUUAAUUACUGAAGCUAUUCAUCUUAUUCACCACUUUUUUUUUUUCACAGUUCACUUCCUAAGGAAAAUGCUACUCAGAAAAACUGUGUCAUUGUUAUAUAUCCCAACCUGAUGAGUUCAGUUACUUUUCAAAAAUAGUUUCAAAUUAUUAGCAUUUGUAUAAGUUUUUUGUCGUCUACUAAUCUACAUAUAAGGCAAUUUUAAUGAGAUCGUCUUGGCACAUUAUAACUUUCAAAACUGUAGAUAAAAUUUGCAUUUUUCAUGUGAUAAAAGCUUCUCUUCUACGUAAUUUUACAACGCAUUAACCAUUUUGUAUGGUGCAUAUACUAUUUUGGCAUUCCUCUAUUCACGCAGCUGUAAAUCAAACAUUUCUGUAACAAAUCUACUCAAGAAAAUAAGUCUCUAAUGGCAUUUUUCUUCCUGUUUUCUAAACAAUAGCUUUAGAAUCAUUAACAUAAAGAAAUGUACAUGCGUACUUCUAGUUUAUUAGCAACUUUACAUGACAUACAGCACUGUGAAACACAGAAGUAAAGUUAA